AUGUCAGGAAGAGGGAAAGGACCACUAACUGUGAAUGAUUGGUACCAAUGGCCUUCAGAACAGAGGUACGCUGAAUUGAGUGGGGUCACAAAAUGUAGCAGUUCCACUUUAAUUGAUGGUUCUGCCGAAGAAGUAAAGAACGAUUUGAAGGAUAAAUUAGAGCAAUAUGGGAACAUAGAUGACAUUGCCCAUGAAAUUGUAGGAGCCUGGUGCUAUGCACAUGAUAAAAUGGGAGUGACGAAGUCGUCCGGUAGUGAUUGGUGUUAUUGGUUUUAUUAUUGGUUAGGGAGUACAGUCUUCCAAGAAUCAGGAGAAAUUAGAUUCGUCGACUUCAUGGAGAAAGUUUAUAAUGCAUUAGAAAAAUUGAAGUUUGGGCAAAAAUGUGAAGCUAUAAGUAAUUAUAUUGACAAGAGGACUUUCGAACAAAUGAGAAAAAUGUAUGAAUACUAUAAGGACUAUUCAACCAUACAGACGCAGUUAGGAGGUAGUGGGAACAAAUGUGAUGAAAAAUAUGACCAGCACGUGGACGAUAUCCUUAAAGCUUAUAAUGCUGCGCAGAAUAAAUGCAGGGGGCCGACUUAUAGUAAACACUGUAAUGGCUUCCCCAACAUGUUCAGUGAACCAAAGUAUAAGGCACUAUUAGACGAACCACGUGAGGUAGUGACUGUCUCAGAGUCCAUGGAAGAACUUUCUGUACCCAGUACAGCAAAUACAGCACUUUCCACUGUUGCCAUUGUCCCCUCCACAAUUGCCACAUUAGGAAUAGGAUUACCAUUCAUCACGUAUCUUUUGUAUAAAUAUAAUCUCCUACAUUCUUGGUUUGGUAACCAAUUUGGAAGCAGCAGAAAUAAUAGAAGAAGAAGAACAAUUGGACACGACUUUAAUACGUUAACUGACACUUCCACGGAUGCCACUUCCACACUAUAUUCAACAGAGGCAUCAACAAUAGCAGAUUCUGUAGAAACUUCAAGAACAUAUGAUAACUCAUCGCCUAGAAGAAGAACAACAAAUAAUGGAAGGGGACAACAACAACCACAACAACAGAGGCAACGGAAGGAAAAACAACAGCAACAACAGAGACAACAAAAUUCAAGGAAUAUAGAAGCUCGCGAUGUGUGA